AUGGUUAAGUACUUCAGCACCUAUGGGAAUAGACCAAGACAUCUGAAAACGCAAUCUGGUCUAAUACAGAAAGCCAUAGAACUGAAGAAAGCGUUACAAAUCGAUGAUCAACCAAAAAGCCUCUCUCUCCCCAUGAACCCAUUAGCAGACAUUGAUGUAGUGUGUUGCACCCAACUGCUCGACUUCUUCAGGAAAUCAAACACUCCUCCAGAGCAAACGCGCUCAUUGGCCCUUGAGACAAUCAAUGUCACCUAUCCUGCAGAUCAAUGGCUCCAAGUCUUCACUGAUGGGUCAUACAUAGAAAGCCAAGCAAACGUUGGUGCAGGUGUCUAUUCUGAACUCUUCUCUAUCUGCGCAGCAGCGGGACAUAAUAGAUCCGCUAUUGAAGGAGAAAUAGAGGCUAUUAGGAUAGCACUAUGCCAAUUAUGUUGCCUGGAUACGAAAUUCACCAAAGCGGUGAUACUUUCGGACNCACAGUCAGCACUAGACUAUAUUGGAAACAGAGAGACACCCAAAACAGCUGAGAUAAAGGAAUGUAGAAAACUCUAUGAGCUGCUGAGAGAGAAAAACAAAACAGUGGUCCUACAAUGGAUUCCUGGUCACUGUGGCAUUAAAGGCAAUGAGAUUGCUGACACACUUGCUAAGAAGGAGACAACGAUUUUGCAAUGCACGGACCGGCCGAUGUCUUUCCACACAAUGAAGGCCUUAAUCAGGAGAGAAUUUCAUACCUCAAGGUGCAACGAACUCAAAGCUCGAACAAAGCAGAAACAGUGGACAGUGACACUCUCCGACAUAGCCGACGGCCAAGAAUCGAAGCCGUUGUUUUAG